AUGAUGAGAACCUGCUUGUGGAUUCCGAAGGCAAAAUUCCAUCAUUAUCCUCAUGUUGAGAAAUAUUUUGAGAGAUUGAAUCAUGAUGCCUAUCAUUGGUUAACAUCUUCAUCAUCGUCAUUAUGUAUAAAAUUAUUGAAUGGAAAUCAUCAAUUUUGUGGCUAUGCCUCUGAUUCCAAAAAAGUGGUUCGGGAUUACAAACCAUUGACAUUGUUAGAACCUCCAAUGCAGGCAAUGCAACAUCAUUCAUCCAUUGAAAUGGAGCAUGAAACAACAAGAGAUAAUGAUGUGGAAUCUCAUCGGAAUGGCCUAGCUAAUUUCUUUUCCUUUCAUUUUGAUUCAUCUGUUAUGAAAAUUCUCCAAGAUUGGAACAUUACAAUACCUUCCAGAAUUCAAGAGCUAGCAAUUGCUCAAUUAUUGAAAAAAGCAAACAAAAAGAAACAUUUUUGUAUCGGAGCUCAAACAGGUACAGGAAAAACUCUUGCCUACCUGUUACCGAUUUUAAGCAAGAUGAAACAUUUAGAGAAAAUGGGCCAUGAAACCCAAGCACAAAGACCCAAAGUGCUCAUUGUUGCUCCAACUCGAGAAUUGGCAAGCCAAAUUUACAAAACAGCAAAACAUUUGAGCCAUUCUUUGAAAUUUAGAACCGUCUUACUGAGAAGUGAUCUUGCAAAAUCGAGAAUGAAACGAGAUUUGCACACAAAUAUUGACGUCGUGGUGACAACACCAACCAUUUUCAAUGAGCUACAUUCUGAAGGUCAUGUUUAUUUCUCAGAUCUUCGAUUUGUCGUGUUGGAUGAAGCCGACACAUUAUGUGGAAAAGAUUUUUUACAAGAAUUGGAAAAGAUUGUGGUUCCAUGUUUGCAACGAGGUAAACAUGUGAAUGAAUUUGUGCAAUUUGGAUUUGUAUUUGCGACCUAUAAUGCGAAUAUUGAACGUUUUAUUAAUCACUAUUUCUCUCAAGAUGCUUCUGCAUUUCAUUUAAGUAGUACUGAUAGAAGCCAGAAAAAUAAGACGUUCCCUUCAAAUGAUACAAAGCAUCUUGAGGAACAAAACAAAAAUUUCACAACAAUGAGUGUAGGUGCACUUUCAUCCUCUCAAUCCAUCUCCACAAAUUCACCUCCACCCAAUAUGCUCUAUAUUAUCGAUAAGGAUAUACACAAAGCAACAUUACAUAUUCAACACAAGUUUAUUCCCAUGACCAAUAACAAGGAUAAGAUGGAAUACCUUUUGGAAAGAGUGCUUAAAUUGAAAAAUCAUUCUUCAACAAUGACAACUGCCGAGAAUACACACAACGACAAGAAAUCCUCGAGUAAGACCAAACUCAAAUCUUCUGUGAACACUAUCAAAAACUCGGCCCUUAUUCAAAGUCUAGGCCUUCAAGAAGAAGCAAAAACAGCCAACGACAAACAACUUUCCAUGAAUGACCAACGACAGGAACAAACACUCACGAAUGGAUUAUCCAAUGCAUUACCUCUUUCCCCUCUUCGUGAAAGAAUUUUAAUAUUUUGCAACACGGUGAAGAGUUGUCGUGCUGUGUAUCAUGCCCUCACCAAACAUGGCCUAGAAGCAAGUUGUUUCCACGGAGAUAUGCCUCAUGAACGACAGGCAGAGGAAUUUGAUUCAUUCAGCUCGGGUCGUCUCAAUAUUAUGGUCACAACUGACAUUGCUUCCCGAGGUUUGGAUAUUGCAAACCCGGUCGAUCAUGUGGUCAUGUUUGAUUUUCCACUCAAUUCCAUUGAUUACAUGCACCGAGCAGGAAGAACUGGAAGAAUGCGACAAUUAGGAAAAGUCACAAGUCUUUUGAAUCGAAAAAAAGAAGCUGCUCUUGCCAAAGUCAUUGAGUAUUCCAUUAUCACCAAACAACCUCUCACAAAUGUGAAUGUUGAAAAUGCAAUUGAAAUGUAUGAAACUCUGAAACUCGAACAUCAUAAGAAGAAGCAAAAGCAAGGCGAAGAAUUCGCAAAAAAGAGAGGAAAAUUCGGCACAAGAUCCACCAUGCUUGGUGGGAAAAUUUCCAUUUCCAAUCCAACGAAAUUGACCAAACAAGCAUCAAGGAUGAACAAGCAAUAA